ACAACUCAUUAGUUGGUGGUGCGGUCUCAGUGAUGGGAACCAAUGACACACUCAUUGUUGUGCAGUUCCUGAUAAUAAUCUUUCUGUGCAUUAACUUAUUGCUCAUUAUAACCUUUUUCCAAAAGGAGUGCUUCUACUCAACUACACGCUACAUCUUAUUUGCUGUUACACUUUUAUCUGAUAGUUUGAUGUUAGUCAUGUCUGAUAUCCUGCUCAUAGUGAACUAUUUUCAUUUUCCCAUACAAAUUUGGGUAUGCAUCAUUUUUAAUGUUGUGCUACUUCUGUAUAAUAUAGUUACACCAGUUACUCUGACUGCAAUGACUCUGGAGCGAUAUGUGGCCAUCUGCAUGCCCCUGCGUCAUGCAGAGCUGUGCUCCACACGCAGCACUAUGCAUUGCAUCCUCAUCAUUCACGGCUUCAGCUCUGUGCCCUGCAUUGUUGUUCUCUCCACCUUUUUUGCAUCAGCCUCUUUUAGUUUGUACAAACAAUACAGCUCGUGCUCUGUGGAGAUAUUUAUGUUGCACAGGUGGCAGGAUCAUGUUAGGUCAGCUGUACAACAAUUUUACUUCUUGAUUAUGGUUAUCAUCAUUGUAUUCGCCUAUGUUAAAAUAAUGAAAGUGGCCAAAGCUGCAUCAGGAGAGGAUAAAAAGUCGUCAUGGAAAGGGCUCAAAACAGUAAUUCUUCAUGGUUUCCAGCUGCUGCUUUGUCUCAUCCAGAUGUGGUGUCCAUUCGUUGAGACUGCUGCAUUACAAAUUGAUUUUGUAUUAUUUGUUGAUAUCAGAUAUACUAACUACAUAUUAUUUAAUAUUACUCCAAGAUGUCUAAGUCCUCUUAUUUAUGGUCUCAGAGAUGAAACCUUUUUUCAUGCAUUGAAAAAUUAUGCCUUUAUUGGCUUUUAUAAAAGAAAUAUUUGA